AUGGCACCGACACUAUCGGAGGAUGAGAUCGAUGAUCUCAUUUACCUCGCUCGAGUUGGAGAAAACGAUGAACUGAAGGAGUCUCUUGCCGCCCUAGCAGAGCGAGAGAAGGUGUCACAUGCCGAGAUCCUGAUCGCGGCCAAGGAUGAAGGCAAAUCAACAGCCUUGCAUAUGGCAACUGGGAAUGGCCACCUGGAGACUGUACGGGAAUUGCUUCGUUGCUUUGAUGGCAGGCCAAAGGAAGAAAAGCAGGCGUUCAUUGAUGAAGCUAAUGAGCACGGAAACACUGGCCUGCACUGGGCAGCUCUUGGCGGCCAUCUUGAUACCGUCAAACUUCUAAUGGACCAUGGUGCCUCGCCAGCCUUGGCAAAUGAGAGAAAUUACGUCCCGCUGGACCUGGCCAAUUUCAACGAUAAGCGGGAGGUUGCCGAGUAUUUCCUAGAGUCUGCCGGCAUGCUUGAAAACAACAACGAGGAGAGCGGUCUGGCCAAUGCAGCCGAGUCGAUUGAGCUCGCCGGGGAUGAAGAUGAUAGGGAGCAGGGAGAGGCUGCAUAA